AUGUCGAAUACUAUACAACGGCCCAUAUCAUCCGAUGCACUUCGACAAAAAGCACAAAAUGAUGGUGUUGAACAACGUGUCGAAGUCAAUCAGAGAAUGUUAAUCGACAAAAUGCUCGCUCGUUAUUCAUCUGAUUUUGUUGUUUGUCGUGAACUCAUUCAAAAUUCUGAUGAUGCUCAAGCCAAAUCAUUUCAUUUUGAAAUAACAUGUGAUACACCUAUGAAUGCUUCAGAUGUUCAACAAUCCACGACUGAGCAAACAAACACCAAUAAUUCAACAGAUAUUGCUAUAAAUUUUCAUAAUUCUACAAUCACUGAAAUUCGUACAGUAAAUAAUGGUCUUAUAUUUAAUACGACUGAUUGGAAGCGUGUAUCAGCUAUUGCUGAAGGCAAUACUAAUGUAGAUUCAGUAGGGCAAUUUGGUGUUGGUUUCUUUUCUGUUUUUCAAUUUUCUGAAGAACCAAUAAUUACAUCUGGCAAUGAAUAUAUGACAUUUGUUUGGCGAGAUGAUAAUUCAUUGACAACAUUUCGUCAUACACUACCCGUUGAACAACAAUCAAAGUUAACUUCAAUUAUUCUCAAAAUGCGUAGUAAAUAUAUUUUACAAACUGAAACAAAAGCAAUAGAAAAUAAAGAACAUAAACAUAAUAUUAAAUCAGCGAAAAGAACAAAGAAAGAACCGACUGUAAAAGAUAUUAUACCAACAAUCGAUCUUACUCAACUCAAAGCAUAUUUUAUAAAAGUACUUUCAUUUACGAAAUAUGUUGAAGAACUUAUUAUCAAAAUUAAUGGUUUUAUAAUAUUUCAAGUAAAUAAAGUUAAGAAAGUAAUUCCUCCUAUUUCUCGUGGAUUACCAUUCAAAAAACAAUCAUCAAUAAGUAAAAUGCUUAGUCUUGAAACAUUUGUACAAACUGAACAAACAUUUAAUAUAAAAAAUGGUGCAUCAAUGACUCUAAAUCAUAUAAGUGUUAAUGCAAGAGUUAUGAUCGACGAAGACUUUCAUAAUCAUAUUCGACGUAUUAUGAAGAAAAGUUUGCCUUCAAAUAUUCAAAUUCAACUUUUAUUUGCACCAAAUAGUCUAAUUGCCAGUCAGCAAUCACAGAUCUCAAUACAAAAUAGUGAUCAUCAUACAAAACUUCUCAAUUCAUUAAUUCCAUUAAAAUUUGAAAAUGAUAGUAUUAUUCCAUCAGGUUUUGUUUUUAUCGGUCUUGGAACGCAUCAAACAACAGGUAUUGGAAUGCAUGUUUAUAGUCAUUUAAUACCAACAAUUGAACGUGAAAAUAUUGAUUUACAAGAUCCAUAUAUUGCUAAAUGGAAUAAGGAACUUCUCGCAUCAACUGGACAAAUUUCUCGAUUAAUCUAUGAUCAAGCAAUGGUUAGCAAUUCCAAUGCAUCUCAGAAAAUGAUCUAUAAUUAUGAAUUUAUACUUGGACCAUAUUCAUUUCAAACGUCGGUACCAAAUAAUGAAAUCGGUGAAACCAUUAUCGAUGGAUUUUUCUCUUCUGACAAAGAUAUUCUUGUGCCUGUGCGGCAAAAGCCCUCUGAUGAUUAUCUUAUUGUUUUGCCAUCGACAAAAGCUUUUCUAACAAAUACAAAACAAAUUCAUGAAUUUCUUUCGCUUCCACUCGUACCAUAUCAAUUAAUUACAAAUGGUCUCAUACAAACUCUGAUAAAACGUACUAUGAUCGAUUAUGUCGAUAAAUCUAUGGUUGAAAGAACUCUUACUACAUCUACUUUAUCGAUACCUGAAUUUGUCAACUUGGUUCAGUGGUUAUUUAGUAAUGAUGUUGCAGAUCCACUGUAUGCUAAACGUAUACUUUCAAAUGUUCGUUUUUUUGAUCAUAUUCAUUCACUUGUUAUCUCAUUUGGAAGUAUACAGUAUUAUGAUUCGUUAAAUAUUCCAUUAUCUAUUCCUCUACCAGUUAAUAGUUUACCAAGACAUGUAUCUUCCCUUUUUUCCGUUGAACAACUUGAAAAAAAAUUAUUAUUAUUACCAUUAAAAAUUAAAGAUGUGCUCAAUAUUUAUUUUGCUGAUAGUCAAGUAUAUUUAUUACAAGAUCCGAAAACAUCUCCAUCUUUACUUAGUGUUAUUUCAAGAUAUUCAGGACAAUUGACACAAGAAGAUUGGAGUAAAAUUAAAACGAAACUAUCUAAAAUUGAAUGUAUACCAACAACACAAGGUAUGAAAAUACCAAGUCAAUCAUUUAUUCCAUCAUCACUGGUCUCAUCAGAAUUACCUGCUAUUAUACUUAACAUACCACAAACUGCAACAGAUGGUCAAGAUAAAAUAUUGAAUGAAUCUUCUGAAAAUCCCGUUUCAGCUAAUUUUCUUAAACAAAUUGGCUGUCGCAUGUUAGAUCUAAAUGCAUUUGAUGAUGAUGAUGAAAAUGAUCAAACUGUUUCAUCGAAUUCUCAAGCGACGAAAUUAUUCGUUCAACAUUUGAUGAAAGAACGAAAAAAUAUGAGUGAAGCUGAUUUCAAUGCAUUGAAACAAAAAGAAUCUCUGAAAGGUACGACUUUAGCACCGACGAAAGAAACAACACGAAAAUAUAUUCCAAAAGAUCUUCACUUUCCUUCAGUCGCCAGUCGACUUCAGUGGUUUACAUUACCAAUAAUUGAUUGGCCCGAUAUCAAUCCACGUUCUGCUGAAUAUAGUUUUCUGAAAGAAAUCGGUGUACGAGAAGUACCUGAAUUGGAAAAACUUAUCGAUAGAAUUAUUCAGGAACAUAAUGAUAUGAAACAAGAAGAUAGAACAAAAAGAAAAUAUAAAAUUCCACUUUCACUUGAAUUUUUUGUAGAGAAUUUUCAACAGUAUUAUUGCAAUUCAUGGAAAACAGAUAGUGCCAGAAAACGUUGUUUUCUUCCAUCACGAUUACCUAAGAAGAUUAAUGAUCAGAAUAAUGAUGAUAAUUAUAAUUAUGAUGUUAUACUUUCAACACCGGAAUAUGUAUUUGGAGUAGAGAAUCCAUUGUGUGCUACUCUUAUACAUGAAGUUAUUAAAUUAUUCGAAAAAUCUUUUAAUAUUGCAUUACUUGGUAUCAAAGAUCAUCCAAAUCUUUUACAAGCAUUUGACAUUCUUAUGAAAAAUAAGGAUGAACUUCUAACAAUACAAUCGGCACCGAAAAUAUUUGCUUAUUUAAACGGACUUGAUGGACUUAAUCGAACAUUUAUUGAGAGGAUAUCCAAACUCGCAUUCAUACCAAUGCAAGGAAGUAACAUAUUGAUGAAACCAUCUCAAGUCUUUGUUCGUUCAAAUGUCACAACUUCACAAUCUACAGUGAAAAAUUCAGAUCCAGAAAUUAGUGACAUAGUUAGAAUUGGUCUCAUUGAUUAUGUUGAUUUUGGUUUAGAUGCAAAUGAAUUUCUUCGAAAUAUUGGUGUUUGCGAUCAUCCAAAACCCUCAGUUCUGGCUGAACUUCUUAUUGAUCGUCAGGCUACUUAUUUUGCUAGUACCAGAAAUAAUAAAAAUGAUUUGAAGAAUAAGGUUAAAGUUUAUAUUGAUUGUCUCAAACAACUUGCAUCUGCUGCUAUGUAUUCCCAAGAACUUCAAUCCAAAUCUUUACAAGAACGACUUCGAACUAAUGCAUGGUGUCUUGCUUUUGAAAACACUGACGGCGAAAUUAAUCACAAUGAUUUUAAAAUGAAAAUUGUUAAACCAAACGAAGUAUAUCUUGACGAUGAUCAUUUAUGUGCAAUGGCAUUUCGACCACUUUUGCCUCCUUCUGAACCAGCAUUGGUUAAAUUAUAUGAAUAUUUCGGAGCAAAAUGGUUAUCUGAUUGUGUCAAGCGAACCAUGACAUUUACAGGCAGAUCAAUUGCUUCUAAGCGUGCUACUGAAUUACGAGAUUUGAUUCAAAAUCGACUUCCAAUGUUAUUUGUCAAUAACCGAGGAGAAAAACUUCCAUAUCUCAACGAAGUACAUGUCGAAUUAUUGCGUACAAAAUUUUCUAUCUAUGAAGUCGAUGAAAUUCAAUGUCAAUUGACAUUUAAAGGAAAAAGAAUUUUAAUAGAUUCUGAAAAUAGUAGGUCAUGUGUACUUACAUAUGAAAGCAACAAAGUCACAUUGUACUUUGGAAAAUAUUUGGCGGAAUUUGAUUAUUAUGAUAUUGCCAGUGAGCUUGUUGCAUAUAGUUUUAGUGAGCCAGCUAAUUAUAUACAUGAAAUUCGAGAUAAACUUGAAUCUUCUUUGGAGACACUCAAACGACGAGGAAUUCCUGUUGACCGAUUGCUCCAAAAUACACACAAAGAACCAACUGAAAUAAUACAAUCACAAGAAGAACAACAACCGAAACCGCAACAACCAAAACAGCAACAUGGUUUUUUAGAAAAUCUAUCAGUUGUACUUCCAUUUUUGCGUAAACGGAACCGAAAUAGUAUUUCUAUUGUUACUGAUAAACAUGAGAGUGAAAAUCUCAACGAACGUACUACUACCGAUACAAUUCAUGAUCAUAAAACUAAUGCAGCUACAAAUUCUUCUGAUGUAACUAUUAAGUUUACCACUAAUCAGAAGAAUGAAAACGGUCCAGUCAUAGGUGUUGGAGGUAAUUAUACUGUUCGUAGCCAAAGCAACACAAAGCCAAUCACAAAUUUCAGACACGCUAUAGAGGAUGAAGAAAAUCUAAUGAAGAAAAUUCAUCAAGGUCAGUCGUAUAAUCGUUCAAGAUUUGUUCAAUCUGAAUGUACAAAAACAGAGAUUUGUACGAUGUGUGGAUACUAUCCUGCGGCAAACAUGAUACGUUUCCCAGAUGUAUUGCAUUCAAUUCCGCUCUAUGUUGAAAAAGAUGUUUCUGUUUCAAAGACAAUGAUCGAUCAAGCAAAACAACUUGCUUAUCUUCUCAAUGGUCUUGCUACUAAUGUUUUUAAGAUUUCGAUUAAAACAGUACAUCUUUUUAGAGAUAUUAACGGACGUAACUAUCAAAAUAUAAACAUUCUAUUAUUUACUAUUGAAUAUUUUUAUUGUUUAGCUUACAUUGCAUUUAAUCAAAGUGGAGCAAUUUUCUUCAAUCUCCGUUAUUUUGAAGAUGUUUAUGCCGAUGAACUGAAGCCUCAUCUUCGAACAUCAACAUCAUCUUCUAUUAUAUACACCGUUGUGAAUUUUUAUUUUUUGGUAUUUUGUCAUGAAUUAGCACACAAUAUUGCAAAACAACAUGACGACUAUUUUGUUAGUUGGCUUGAAAAAAUUGUCCUAAAAUUUAUGACUGAGAAAGAUUUCUUUCUUCAAAAAUUUUCAUUUGAAAAUUAUUAA